AGGUUUUGUCCUUAAAAAUGUUAUAUUGUCUACUGGUUGUUUGUUUUUGCCGAGUGUUAUUGAACUGAUUUUUUCGUAUGCAUGGUGAAAGUAUCUGUACUUCACAGAACUAGUUCGUAGCUCGAUGUCGUUCUGGUGGAAUCUCUGUAUAAGUUUUUAUUAAAAAUUGUCACAAUCAACUUGUGAAGAGCCUAAGCAAUCCUUAGUGAUGUGAUAAAAUCGUGAAUUAAUCGUGCUUUAUUGUUUUUCUUUGUGAAAACUGCUAGUAACAUAUAGCUACAGAUUGGUACGGGCUGCAAAUCAUGUCAUCAGUGGGCCAGCUGGUCCCACAGGUGACGCGCGCUCCUCCCAACAUGACCAUCAAAUUCAACGGCCCUCACAUUGAGGGGUCAUUUUGCACUUCAAUUGAUUACAAUUAUGAUCCUGUCAUCAGUGUUAUUUGUGCAAUGUACAUAGCUUUUGGGAUCGUAUACACAUUAUUUGGUUACAGAUGCUUCAAAGCUAGCAUGUUUCUCACUGGUUUCACAUUUGGAUCAGCUAUUGUGUACCUAAUAUGCCUCCAAGAGUACUUGAUGCCACCUUACGGCAACGUUGGUGUGGCCCUCUGUGCUGGAUUGCUUUUUGGUCUCAUCACAAUGCUGAUCCAGUAUGUUGGACUAUUCAUGACUGGUUUCCAUACUGGCCUUCUCCUGGCUAUAGCUGGGCUGGCCAUUUAUGAUCAUUUCCUGGACAGCAGACCUACUACGUACUGGUUAUGCGUAGUGGUAUUGCUUACUUCAGGGAUCUUCUUUGCUGUCAUCAACUUGUACUGGAAGAAAGUUCUAACCAUUUUCGGCACGAGCGUGUACGGCGGUGCAGUCAUCGCGACGUCUCUGGACUACUUCUUCGAAAGAAUGAUGAUGCUUAAAUGGUUAUGGGAGCGCGCGAAGCUUGAGCCAGCCGUGGCGCCGCCGUGCCGGCUGUCGUGGCUGACGCUGGCGGCUUGGCCCGCGGCCGCCAUCGUGGGGCUCACGGCGCAGUGCGCGCUCACCGCCACCGGCAUCUACCACGAGCAGAGUAUAAGCGCCCAGAAGCGGCGGCUGAAGGCGCAGCAGUCGCGGCCGGUCACGCGCGAGCAGCGCGCCGAGAUGAAGCAGCGCAAGUAUCGGUACUUGUACCAGGUGCGCACGGCGCACGGGGACGUGAUAUCGCAGUCGUACGUGCAAGCUCUACAGAAGAAGGCCCAAUGCGGCAACUGGUCCGGCAGCGGCGGCGGCGAGUGCAGCACGCUGCAGUCAGACUCCACGCACCUGACCGUGCUCGCGCCGCCCACCGACUCCGACGACGAGCUCAACCAGAUCCGCGCGGCGCGCUAGUGGGCCCAGACGGAGUGCCCUCGGUGGUGCGACAGCUAUGAAAUGAUUUAUAAGGGUGAGCAAAAUAAAUUUUCAUUCUAUGUAUCCAGUAUUAUAAGAAAUCCACUCAUAUUAUAUUAUUAUUAGUGGUUUAUAAUUAUUAAUCAUAUAUUUGUAUUCCAUGUGAAUUUAUUAUUGUAUUAUGAUUAUACUUGGAAUUACGUGUAUAAGUAGAGGGGUUCAAGGCCUAAGUUAGUUUGUUUGUCACCACAAUAUGACGUGAUCGCGUCAGUCGAAAACUUAUUCAAACUAAUUUUGCGCAAGAGUAAAUAAUUAUAAUAUCUGAUGUAAAUUGGAUAGUCAAACAAUAAUUCCAAGUGUUCUACUUGGAAUUAUUGUUUCUUUGAAAUCAAUGUUUGUUAAUUGAGUUCAUUAACUGAUGACGUCAUAGCUCCCUUUUGCCAUAAAAAAUCGCGGUUGGACAGAUGUCAAUAAAUUAUGUCAAUUGAAAGAUGGUGUCAACUAAAUUUUUAUUUGAAGAUUCAAUUUCUUCGCAACAGUAUUGAAAUCUGAAAACUAUCCAGUAUACAUCAAUUGUUUACUUUCUAAAAAAUAGUUUGGGUAGGAAGAUUUUUGUAUUGAUAUUUUCGAAGGAUUUACAAUAAAUACCCGUGAAUCCUACUGCUGACGUCGACAAUGACAUAUCUCGUAAAACGAAGAUUAACACCAAAAUGAACAUUCCAAAAUUUUUUUAUACUAUUGAGAGUAGAUUUUAAGCAACGAUUAAUGUAGAUUUUUUUU